GCUUAAGAAAGUAAAGUUACUGGUGUGAACCGCGUCUGUGCGGAUAGGAGAGACAAUGGGGAUGUGUCUGCCAUGUCUGGGUAGUUCCGUGGAGGAUUACGACCAGCCCGAUCCCGAAACUAGACGACAACAGCAGGCUGAGGCAGUGCAGUUUAGCGACAGCGGGACAACGAAGUCGAGAGGGGUGAAGGAUGUUGAGGGUUUGAAGAGGAAGCAGCAGAGAAGGGAGGAGAUCGAGAAGAAGGCGGAGAUACAGGGAGGAGGAGAUAAUGCCAUGAGGUGGCAAGUUGGAUGAUCACACAGGCUGCCUUGACAACAGAUAAGUUCCAUCAGCA